AUGGCAGGUUUAUCAUUUGAGAAUUACCAGAGAAAUAGUCUCUUAGCGGAAAACUCACACACACAACCCAAAGCCACUUCCACAGGUACCACCAUUGUGGGCGUAAAGUAUAAUAAUGGUGUAGUGAUAGCUGCAGAUACAAGGUCUACUCAAGGCCCUAUCGUGGCGGACAAGAAUUGCGCGAAACUGCACAGAAUUUCCCCCAAAAUAUGGUGUGCUGGUGCCGGUACUGCCGCCGAUACUGAGGCAGUUACACAGUUAAUAGGGUCUAACAUUGAAUUGCAUUCAUUAUACACUUCUAGAGAACCAAGAGUGGUUUCUGCUUUACAGAUGCUCAAGCAGCAUCUGUUCAAGUACCAAGGCCACAUUGGUGCUUAUUUGAUUGUCGCUGGUGUAGACCCCACCGGUUCUCACUUGUUCUCGAUUCAUGCACAUGGUUCCACUGACGUGGGCUACUACUUAUCACUAGGUUCUGGCUCUCUAGCGGCAAUGGCCGUGUUGGAAUCGCACUGGAAGCAAGACCUUACGAAGGACGAAGCCAUCAAGUUGGCCUCCGAUGCGAUCCAGGCUGGUAUCUGGAACGAUUUAGGGUCCGGUUCUAAUGUGGACGUAUGCGUUAUGGAAGUAGGUAAGGAUGCCGAAUACUUGAGAAAUUACUUGACUCCAAAUGUGAGAGAAACGAAGCAAAAAAGCUACAAAUUCCCCAGAGGCACCACUGCCGUGCUCAAGGAAAGCAUUGUCAACAUUUGCGAUAUACAAGAGGAACAAGUCGACAUUACAGCAUGA